UUUUUUCUGGGUGUUGUCAUCCUUUAACCCUUAUAGCCUACUGUGAGUCCUAGUAAUGGAGGAGGGUUGUACUAAGUUGACAGCUAGGUAUUAAUAAUCAAACGCUUGACGAUAACGGUUUAUACUAUUUGGGAUUGAGACGGGUAAUUUGAGACGAGGAAGUAUAUGUUAUCGUUCUCAUUCAAUCAUUGUAUGUCAAUACUAGUUAGUCUGUCAAUAUAACAUAACAAUCACUACUAUGCGUCAUUUUCAAAUAAGUUAAAGUCGGUAUAUGAAUCUUUACUAAACAUAUUUUCCAUUUAUGUCUUUCUGCACAACAACAAAGAUGUAUUAGAGUAUAAGUUUUCACCAUUAGUUAAUCAAUAGUGGAAAGUGCAGUUAGACCAAAACUGAAAAGGGUUGUAGUGCCUGAACAUCUACACACACUCCCUCUCUUUCUCAUGCCAAAAAUGAGUCCUUUCAACACACCCCAAGUACAUUGUGAUCAAUAAGGAAAUGCCCAACAAACUGCAACAACAAGAUUCCCACCACCAAAAGAAAUGUUUCUGUUGUGAGGAGCACCUAUAUAAACCAAUUGCCUGCCUACCACAAAAAUCAGUGCAGUGCCUCCUCUUUAAUUAGCUGCACUCAAACAUUAAUCAUUAUCACUUAUACUCUCUCUCCCUCUUUAGAUUUCCUUUCUCUAACUUUUCACUUUGCAUUAAAUGGUCGUAAUUAAGUGUGGUAAAAUGGAAUUCCCCAAGAGCCCAUUUGAUGAUUCACACAUGUCUGAAGAAAGGGAAGUAAGAGGGAGAACAGAUAAAAGGAAGACAAUUGAUGGUGAAGUUAAAGAAUACAAAUCCAAGAACCUUAAUGCUGAGAGAAAGAGGCGUCAAAAACUUAGUGAAAGGCUACUUGAAUUGCGCUCAUUAGUCCCAAACAUUACAAAUAUGACAAAAGAAACCAUAAUCACUGAUGCCAUCACUUACAUUAGGGAGCUACAAACAAAUGUGGACUACCUAAGCGAGCAGCUUCUUGAAAUGGAGGCAACUCAUGCAGAACAAUUGGAGACAAAAAAUGAAGUGAUUAUCGAUACUGCAGAGGAUAUGGGUAAAUGGGGCAUAGAGCCUGAAGUUCAAGUGGCUCACAUUGGUCCAACUAAGCUUUGGAUAAAAAUAGUCUGCCAGAAGAAAAGAGGUGGAUUUACUAAACUAAUGGAGACAAUGAAUGUUCUUGGAUUUGAUCUUAAUGACACCAGUGUCACUGCCUCCAGAGGAGCUCUGCUUGUUACUGCAUCUGUGGAGGUGGUUCGCGGUGGACUAAAUGAAGCUAAUCAAAUCAGAGAGAUCUUGCUGGAGAUCAUCCGCGGAAUCUAGAGAAACUAGCACCGGCAUGAGUCCCUAAUUAAUCCAGUAGAUUCGGAAGUCCUCUACUGGCUUUAGUGUCGCUUUAGUACUCUAUUACCUAUAUUAUAUCCCAAGAGGAAUUUAAAAUUUUUGGAGAAAUGCCAGAGUACCUUUAUAGUUUCUGAAUGUCAAAAGGACUUAAUCAUGUUUUCCAUCAUUGAAAGAUAGAUAGAUUUCUAUUAUAUCCAAGUUGUCUGGAAAAAGCUUGUGUGAACUGUUUUUUCUUUCAAAUAUUUGUCAAGUAACAUAUCAUAUGUUACUAACUACUUUCUCC